AUGAGCGAGAAAGACGCGGUCGCGCUGAUCCUCGGGAGCGCCUUUUACUCGAACCUCGAGGCGCUCGGCGCCUUCGAGCUCGAGCAUCAGGUCGUGGAGACGCCCUUUGGCGACCAGGGCGUGUGGCGCGUGCGCGUCGGGGCGUCGCGUGAUGCCUAUCUUAUCGCCAGGCAUGGCGUGCCGCACACGCUGCUUCCUCAUCAGAUCAACUGGCGAGCGAUGGCGAGCGCGCUGAGUUCGCUCGGCGUCGGCGCGCUCGUCACCACGAGCUCUGUCGGAGUGAUGGACCCCUCGCUGCCAGUUCAGACGCCAAUGCUCCUCGCCGAUUUGUUGAUGCCUCAUAACACGCUCCCCGAUGGAACGGCGUGCACCAUGUUCCCCGAACCCACCCCGAGGCAAGGACACCUGGUCAUCGAGGAUGGCAUCUUCUCGAGCGCGCUCAACACGCAGAUCCGCGAUAUCGCGACGCGCGCUGAUAUCCCGCUCUUUGAUGAUGAGGUCGUCUUCGCCUACGUCGGCGGGCCGCGCACGAAGACGCCCGCCGAGAAUCGGUUCUUCUUACAGCUCGGCGCGCAGGUCAACUCGAUGACGGUUGGCCCCGAGGUUGUCCUGGCCAACGAGCUCGAGAUCCCCUGCGCAGGGCUCGUCGCCGGGCACAAGCGCUCGAGCGGCCAGCAAGCGCCAGAUGUCGAGGGUGAUGAUCAGAUCACGACCUCGCUCGAUGACGCGCGCGAGGUCUUUGGCAGGUUGCUCGUCGCGUUGAUCGAGCAGCUCUCGCCAGUGCCUUUCGCCAACCAGAUCUAUCGCUUCGGUG